AUGGAGGAAGGAGAAGGGAAGGCGAAGGUGCGGUUUCUUGUCUGGGGUCAUAAGGGAUGGAUUGGUCAGGCAUUUAUGCAGCUGCUGGAGGCCUCUGGUUUUGAGGCUCUUGGCGCGGUGUCACGCGCCGAUGAUGUGGCGGCAGUGGAGCAAGAGAUGCAAAGAAUCCAACCGGAUCGUGUCGUCAGUCUUAUUGGACGCACACGCGGUGGGUCAUGUCUCACAAUAGACUAUUUGGAGCAGCCAGGGAAACUCAUGGAGAACAUGCGUGACAAUUUGUGGGCCCCCGUUGUGCUCGCACAGGUAUGUGCAAAUUACGGUGUACAUUUCACGUAUCUUGGAACGGGGUGUAUUUUUCAUUACGACGAGUCGGCGCACACGGUGGGUGGGGAGGACGGUUUUGAUGAGGCUGCCGUCCCAAAUUUCUUUGGUUCUUCAUACAGUACCGUAAAGGGGUACACAGAUCGUCUCAUGCAUUUACUUUUUAAUUCUACCGCGCUUAAUGCACGUAUUCGCAUGCCUAUCUCUGCCGAUGACAACCCGAUGAACUUCAUCACCAAAAUUGCCAACUACGAGAAGGUGGUGAGUAUCCCGAACAGUAUGACGGUGCUGCCAGUGAUGUUGCCGAUUCUUAUGAAGUUGUCUUUGAAUAAAGUCACGGGGACCAUCAACUUGACAAACCCGGGAGCCAUUUCGCAUAAUGAAGUGCUGGAACUCUACAAGAGGCAUGUGGAUUCCGAGUACACCUACGAGAACUUUUCUGUUGAGGAGCAAAAUAAAAUUCUUCUUUCAAAACGCAGCAAUAACUUGUUGGACACAAGCCGUCUGCAACAAAUGUUUCCACAAGUGGAUGAUAUUCACACCGCCGUUGAGAAGGUUUGUGUGGAGAUUGCAAAAAACUUCCCUCGUGGAAUUGUGAGGCGACGGAUGGAGACAACGGAAAAUGACUUGUGA